CCAAGUGAUGGCUUCAUUCGCCUUUCUCUUCCCCUUCCUAUUCUGUGUUUUCAGCUUCCAAAGUUCUGUUACCAAUGCAAUCUGCCAUAUAUCAAAGUGUGGAGACACUGGUCCUGACAUCCUCUAUCCAUUUCACACAAAAGGUCAGAGACAAGACUAUGAUACCCUUCCUAGUUUUGAGCUUCUUUGUAAAAACAAUGUCACCACUAUCCAGUUUCCAUCAUAUGGGAACUUGGUAGUGAAGUCCAUUUCUUAUGACACCAAAAAGAUUGAUCUUUUUGACCCCAAGAAUUGUACCCAUCUUGUCUUUAUGAACCUCAACCUCUCCCUUACACCGUUCCACUACUUUAAUGUUCUAAAAAAUUACACAUACCUCAAUUGCUCUACCUCCCUUCCACCUCCUUUUGUGGAGGUACCAUGUUUAAGUGCUUCAAGUUAUCAUGUUUACACGGUUGACCCUUCACUACCUGUGCCGGGUUCAUGUAAGAGACUCAAAACCGUUGGCAUUCCUUUUGCAUAUAGCCCUUAUCUCUCAGACAACAGUCUUGGUCUUGGAUUAACAUGGGACUUGCGUGAAUCUCAAGACAUCCAAUCAGGAAACCAGACAAGAGAUUCCCACAUAGCACGUAACGCAGUUAUAGGGUUCAGCAUCUGGGUUUUCGUGGUGGCAAUGAUUAUUAUAAGCAUAAAGGUCGGUGGGUCCACGAGGAAUCGCCAAGAUAAAGAAGGAAAGUUAUUGCAGAAGCUGGGGGAUUUCUAG